AUGAUUUUCGGACCAUACUGCGCACCUACUAGUAUCGCCGUUCAAAUUAUGGAAUCAACAGCCGAGGAGAAGGAUGUGCUUCCACAAGAAUCGGCUGCAAACUUGACUCCGGUGUUUGUCUACGGUACCCUUUGCGCCGUUCCUCUUCUUGCGUGGGCUUUGAUGGGUGACGCCUCCCAAACUGAUGCCGUCAAGAAGCUCAUCCGCCCUGCAAGAGUUGAAGGGUUCGCUCGAUAUGGCAUCAAGAGCUGCGACUAUCCCGCUGCUGUAAAAUGCGACGGGUCAGAGAUUCGUGGUUACCUCGUCACAUUUACCAACUCAUCCCAGCGUAAGAAAUUGGAUGAUUUUGAGGGAGAGAUCUAUAGCCCGACACACCUUACGGCUCAAGUUUUGAAUCAAAAUGGAGAACCUUCCAGCCAAUGUGUUGAUGCAGAGAUAUAUCUAUGGAAUGGUUCACUGGAAAAUCUCACUAUGGAGCCUUGGGACCUGGAAGGUUUCAUCGAGGAGAGACUAGAAGAUUGGCUAGACUUAUUUGAUGGGAUGGAGCUGGUGGGAUAA